CCCGUGCAGGGCGCGUUCGGGGCGCUGCAGAAGAUCUGCGAGGACUCGUCGGAGCUGCUGGACAGCGACGCGCUGGCGCGGCCGCUGCACGUGCUCAUCCCCAAGUUCCUGCAGUUCUUCAAGCACUGCAGCCCCAAGAUCCGGUACAUGCGGCAGCGCACGCGGGACAGCGACGAGAACGUGGCGCUCGAGGCCUGCGAGUUCUGGCUCACGCUGGCCGAGCAGCCCAUCUGCAAGGAGGUGCUGACGGCCCACCUGGUGCAGCUCAUCCCGAUCCUGGUGAACGGCAUGAAGUACUCGGAGAUAGACAUCAUCCUGCUCAAGUGCUCGGCCGCCGCGCUGGACGUCCUGGCCAACGUGUUCCGGGAGGAGCUGCUCCCGCACCUGCUGCUGCUGCUCAAGGAGCUGCUCUUCCACCCGGAAUGGGUGGUCAAGGAGUCGGGAAUCCUGGUGCUGGGCGCCAUCGCCGAGGGCUGCAUGCAGGGCAUGGUGCCCUACCUGCCCGAGCUGGUCCCGCACCUGGUGGGCUGCCUGGCGCACCGGCGCGCGCUCGUGCGCUCCAUCGCGUGCUGGACGCUGAGCCGCUACGCGCACUGGGUGGUGGCGCAGCCGCCCGAGCUCUACCUGCGCCCGCUCAUGACCGAGCUGCUCAAGCGCGUCCUGGACGGCAACAAGCGCGUGCAGGAGGCGGCCUGCAGCGCCUUCGCCACGCUGGAGGAGGAGGCGUGCACGGAGCUCGUGCCCUACCUGAGCUUCAUCCUGGACACGCUCGUCUUCGCCUUCGGCAAGUACCAGCACAAGAACCUGCUCAUCCUCUACGACGCCAUCGGCACGCUGGCCGACUCCGUGGGCCACCACCUCAACCAGCCCGACACGAUGCCCGAGGUCCGGCAAAGCUCCUUCGCCCUCCUUGGGGACCUCACCAAGGCCUGUUUCGUGCACGUCAAGCCCUGCAUCG